AUGAUAGAGAUCUCAAGAACCAUUACCUUAGAAGUUGAAUCUUCUGAUACCAUUGACAAUGUCAAAUCAAAAAUUCAAGACAAAGAAGGUAUUCCACCUGAUCAACAACGUUUAAUCUUUGCUGGUAAACAAUUAGAAGAUGGUAGAACUUUAUCUGAUUACAACAUUCAAAAAGAAUCAACUUUACAUUUGGUUUUGAGAUUAAGAGGUGGUAUUAUUGAACCUUCUUUAAAAGCUUUAGCUUCAAAAUACAACUGUGAAAAAUCUAUUUGUCGUAAAUGUUAUGCUAGAUUACCACCAAGAGCUACCAACUGUCGUAAGAGAAAAUGUGGUCACACUAAUCAAUUACGUCCAAAAAAGAAACUUAAAUAG